AUCAGGUGCACUUCUGUGAUUAAUGAGAACUUUGAUUCCAUACCAGUCACAAUUUGGAACGAAAUGGCAAAUACAAUGUGCCAUAGUGAAUAAGGACGCCUGGUGGCGCUGCAGGCUAGCAGUCUGAACGAAAGGCUCCGUGGCUCUCCGCGACGCCAUUAAGCUGGGAAUCAGAACAAUGAGCGCUUCCUAGAAAAAGGAGGCAUUUUAGACUUGAAGAAACUGCAUCUUCUUGAAUUGGGUCUGAGCAAUGGAGACUGCGCUAACAAAAACGCCACAGAAAAGGCAAGUUAUCUUUCUUGCUAUAUUGUUGCUUUUGUGGGAGGCUGGCUCUGACGCAAUUAGGUAUUCCAUGCCAGAAGAAACAGAAAGUGGCUCCUUUGUGGCCAACCUGGCAAAAGACCUGGGGCUCAGGGUGGGGGAACUGACUACUCGGGGCGCGCGAAUCCAUUACAAAGGAAACAGACAGCUCUUGCAGCUGGAUAUGGAAACCGGGAAUUUACUGCUAUAUGAAAAACUAGACCGGGAGGUUCUGUGCGCGGCGACCGAUCCCUGUAUACUGUAUUUCCAGUUAUUACUGGAAAACCCGGUGCAGUUUUUUCAGGCUGAUCUGCAGCUUACAGAUAUAAAUGACCAUUCCCCAGAGUUCCUAGACAAGGAAAUGCUUCUAAAAAUCCCAGAGAUCGUUCAGCCAGGGACCAUAUUUCCUUUGAAAAUAGCUCAGGACUUAGACAUAGGUAUCAAUACUGUGCAGAACUACACAAUCAGCUCAAAUUCCCAUUUUCACGUUGUCACUCGUAAUCGCGGAGAUGGCAGAAAAUACCCAGAGCUCCUGCUGGACAAAGCGCUGGAUCGGGAGGAGCAGUCUGAGUUCAGGUUAACCCUCACGGCGCUGGAUGGUGGGGCUCCGCCCAGGUCUGGGACCACGGCAGUCCGCAUUGAAGUCGUGGACAUCAAUGAUAAUGCCCCUGAGUUCUUACAGUCGCUCUAUGAGGUACAGAUCCCCGAGAACAGCCCCCUAAACUCCUUGGUUGUCGCUGUCUCUGCCCAAGAUUUAGAUGAAGGAGCAUAUGGGAAUGUUGUCUACACUCUAUUCCAAGGCGAUGAAGUUACUCAACCAUUUGUAAUAGAUGAAAUUACAGGAGAAAUUCGUCUGACAAAGGCAUUGGAUUUUGAGGCAACUCGACACUAUAAUGUGGAAAUUGCAGGCACGGACGGCGGGGGUCUUUCAGGAAAAUGCACCGUAGCUAUAGAGGUUGUGGAUGUGAAUGACAACGCCCCUGAACUUACCAUGUCUACGCUUGCGAGCUCUACCCCAGAAAACUCACCAGAGACUGUAGUGGCUGUUUUCAGUGUUUCUGAUCCAGACUCUGGAGACAAUGGUAGGAUGGUUUGCUCCAUCCAGAACGAUCUCCCCUUUCUCCUGAAACCCACAUUCAAGAACUUUUACACCCUAGUUACGGAGAGACCAUUGGACAGAGAGAGCCAGGCGGAGUACAACAUCACGAUCACCGUCAGUGACCUGGGGACCCCCAGGCUGAAAACCCAGCACAACAUCACCGUGACGGUCUCCGACGUCAACGACAACGCCCCCGCCUUCAGCCAGACCACCUACACCCUGCGCGUCCGCGAGAACAACAGCCCCGCCCUGCACAUCGGCACCGUGAGCGCCACCGACAGAGACGCGGGCGCCAACGCCCAGGUCACCUACUCGCUGCUGCCGCCCCGGGACCCGCACCUGCCGCUCGCCUCGCUGGUGUCCAUCAACGCGGACAACGGGCAGCUGUUCGCGCUCAGGUCCCUGGACUACGAGGCGCUGCAGGCCUUCGAGGUCCGCGUGGGCGCGGCCGACCGCGGCUCGCCCGCGCUGAGCAGCCAGGCGCUGGUGCGCGUGCUGGUGCUGGACGACAACGACAACGCGCCCUUCGUGCUGUACCCGCUGCAGAACGGCUCUGCGCCCUGCACCGAGCUGGUGCCGCGGGCGGCCGAGGCGGGCUACCUGGUGACCAAGGUGGUGGCGGUGGACGGCGACUCGGGCCAGAACGCCUGGCUGUCGUUCCAGCUGCUCAAGGCCACGGAGCCCGGGCUGUUCGGCGUGUGGGCGCACAACGGCGAGGUGCGCACGGCCCGGCUGCUGAGCGAGCGCGACGCCGUCAGGCACAGGCUGCUGGUGCUGGUCAAGGACAAUGGCGAGCCGCCGCUGUCGGCCAGCGUCACGCUGCACGUGCUGCUGGUGGACGGCUUCUCGCAGCCCUACCUGCCGCUGCCGGACGUGGCGGCGGCCGAGGCCCGGGCCGACCCGCUCACCGUCUACCUGGUCAUCGCCUUGGCGUCCGUGUCGUCGCUCUUCCUGUGCUCGGCGCUGGCGUUCGUGGCGGUGCGGCUGUGCAGGAGGAGCGGGGCGGCGUCGGGGGGUGGCUGCGCGGUGCCCGAGGGCCACUUUCCGGGCCACCUGGUGGACGUCAGCGGCGCGGGGACCCUGUCCCAGAGCUACCGGUACGAGGUGUGUCUGGCGGGAGGGACUGGGACCAGCGAGUUCAAAUUCUUGAAGCCUGUUAUUCCCAAAUUUUCACCCCAUGGCUCUGGCGAAGAAAUAGAGGAAAGCACCACCUUCCGGAAUAGUUUUGGAUUCAAUUAGAGAUCAGUCAUAAUGCCGUGAGUUUUGUCAUUUAUCUCUAAUUUCCCCCCAAAGACCAAGUUUGAGAGCGUCAUGGAGAAAAACCCCACCUCCAGGUAUGAUGUCUUUUUCGUAGUGAAUUUUCCUUUGAACUUCAUCUUGUACAGUUUUGGAAAACUGAAUUCUAUGUCAUUGCAUUUAUUUAUACAGUGCCACCCAAAUCUACGCAUGCAGUUUUUUUCUGAAUUGUUUGCUCCUGAUGGUAUUUGUCAGGAUGAACUAUUUUAAUGAAAUCAGAUCUUGUUUUUCUCUGUAUUCUAUCCAUUGUUUCAUUACACUCUAAUGUUUUUGAUGCCAAAUAGCCAAAAUAAAAAUGUUUUAACAUAAUUUUGUUUUCAAAGAAAUACAUGCACAUGAUAACAAAUGUAAUGUGUGAGAAAAUCUGAUAAAAAGCAACAGUAUUCUGGGGAUCUUGGUGGCUCCAUUGGUUAAGCUUCCGACUGUUGAUUUUGGCCCAGGUCUUGAUCUCAGGGUUGGGAUCUGCCUGUGUAGGGAUCUGUGCUCACUGGGAAGACUGCUUGAGAUUCUCUCUCUCCCUUUCUCUCUGCCCCGUUCCCGCUCUCUCUCUUAAAUAAAUGAAUCUUUUUUAAAAGCAA